UCCGAUCCGCAGGCGUGGGGAUUUCCUGGAGCCCAGCAGCGUCUGCGAAAGUCUGGCUGCGCUUCCUCCGCCUCCCCCUAGGACAGCUCCCUAAGCCCGCGGGGACGCACGAAGGGAAAAUGGUCCACCAUUCAGGCUCCAUCCAGUCCUUUAAACAGCAAAAAGGCAUGAAUAUAAGCAAAAGUGAGAUCACAAAUGAAACUUCACUAAAGCCAUCUCGGAGAUCCUUGCCUUGCCUGGCCCAGAGCUAUGCUCAUUCCAAGAGCUUAAGUCAGUCCACAUCACUGUUCCAGUCAACUGAAAGUGAGUCUCAGGCUCCCACUUCUGUUACCUUCCUCUCUGCUGAAAAAUCAGAGCAAGUUAACCCUGAAGAGAAUAAGAAGGACUCUGCCCUCAAAUGUUCCUUUGCAGACCUCAGUGAUUUUUGCUUGGCUCUAGGGAAAGAUAAGAAUUACGUGGAUGAAUCAGGUCAUGCUAAUUAUGAUCGUUCUCGUCUCAUUGAUGUUAUCAAAGAUAAACCAGAAUCUAAGGCAAAGCUGGCUAAGAAUGACAUGAAUUACAUAGCAUCCAGUGGACUUCUAUUCAAAGAUGGCAAAAAGCGAAUUGAUUACAUCCUGGUUUACAGAAAGACAAAUAUACAAUAUGACAAAAGAAAUACAUUUGAAAAGAAUCUCAGAGCAGAAGGCUUGAUGCUGGAGAAGGAGCCAGCUGUUGCAAACCCGGAUAUCAUGUUUAUUAAAAUUCACAUUCCAUGGGACACCCUUUGCAUGUAUGCGGAGAGGCUGAAUAUUAGGAUGCCCUUCAGGAAAAAAUGUUACUACACCGACCAGAAGAGUAAAUCAAUGAGCAGGGUACAAAGUUACUUCAAAAGAAUCAAAAAGUGGGUGUCCAAAAAUCCUAUGGUUCUUGACAAGUCGGCUUUUCCAGACCUGGAGAAGUCAGACUGCUACACCGGCCCUUUCAGCAGAGCACGGAUUCACCACUUUAUAAUAAACAAUAAAGACACGUUCUUCAGCAAUGCGACUCGAAGCAGAAUAGUUUAUCACAUGCUGGAGCGCACCAAAUAUGAAAAUGGGAUAUCAAAAGUGGGAAUCCGUAAGCUUAUAAACAAUGGUUCAUAUAUAGCAGCAUUUCCUCCACAUGAGGGAGCGUAUAAGAGUAGUCUGCCUAUCAAAACCCAUGGACCUCAAAAUAACAGACAUCUGUUGUAUGAGCGCUGGGCACGUUGGGGAAUGUGGUACAAGCAUCAACCUCUGGACCUAAUCAGACUAUACUUCGGUGAGAAGAUUGGCUUGUACUUUGCAUGGCUGGGAUGGUAUACUGGAAUGCUAAUUCCUGCAGCCAUUGUUGGCCUGUGUGUCUUCUUCUAUGGAUUAGUGACAAUGAAUGAAAGCCAAGUCAGCCAAGAAAUUUGCAAAGCUGCUGAAGUGUUCAUGUGUCCUUUGUGUGACAAGAAUUGCUCACUGCAGAGACUCAAUGACAGCUGCAUCUAUGCUAAGGUAACAUAUUUGUUUGACAAUGGUGGAACAGUUUUCUUUGCUAUCUUUAUGGCAAUAUGGGCCACAGUCUUUUUGGAGUUUUGGAAAAGGAGGAGAAGUAUACUGACAUAUACUUGGGACCUUAUUGAAUGGGAAGAAGAGGAGGAAACACUUCGCCCUCAAUUUGAAGCAAAGUAUUACAAGAUGGAGAUCAUAAAUCCCAUCACAGGAAAACCUGAGCCACACCAGCCCUCAUCAGACAAAAUCACACGUCUGCUUGUGUCUGUCUCUGGCAUAUUCUUCAUGAUCUCUCUGGUCAUCACUGCAGUGUUUGCCGUGGUGGUGUACCGCCUGAUUGUGAUGGAGCAGUUUGCGUCAUUCAAGUGGAGUUUCAUUAAACAACACUGGCAAUUUGCUACAUCUGGUGCUGCUGUCUGCAUCAAUUUCAUCAUCAUUAUGUUGCUGAACCUUGCUUAUGAAAAAGUUGCUUACCUCCUCACUAAUUUAGAAUAUCCUCGAACAGAAUCAGAAUGGGAAAACAGCUUUGCUCUGAAGAUGUUUCUUUUCCAGUUUGUCAACCUGAACAGCUCCAUCUUCUACAUCGCUUUCUUUUUGGGAAGAUUCGUAGGCCACCCAGGAAAAUACAAUAAGCUUUUUGACCGAUGGAGACUGGAGGAAUGUCAUCCUAGUGGCUGCUUGAUUGAUCUCUGUCUCCAGAUGAGCGUUAUAAUGUUCUUGAAGCAAAUAUGGAACAACUUCAUGGAACUUGGAUAUCCUUUGAUUCAGAACUGGUGGUCACAACAAAAGAUCAAGCGGGGAAGACAAGACACUUCCAUACCGCAAUGGGAAAAUGACUGGAAUCUGCAGCCCAUGAACAUUCAUGGAUUGAUGGAUGAGUACUUAGAAAUGGUUUUGCAGUUUGGUUUUACCACUAUCUUUGUUGCCGCUUUUCCACUUGCUCCGCUUUUGGCUUUGUUAAACAAUAUCAUAGAAAUCAGACUGGAUGCAUACAAAUUUGUCACCCAAUGGCGGAGGCCCCUGCCAGCACGAGCAACUGACAUAGGGAUCUGGCUUGGGAUUCUGGAGGGAAUUGGCAUAUUGGCUGUGAUCACCAAUGCAUUUGUAAUUGCUAUUACAUCAGACUACAUCCCACGUUUCGUCUAUAAAUACAAAUAUGGCCCCUGCGCAAAUCAUGUAGAGCCAAAGGAAAAUUGCUUAAAGGGAUAUGUCAACAAUAGUCUGUCCUUCUUUGACCUGAGUGAACUUGGGAUGGGCAAGUCUGGUUACUGCAGGUACCGAGAUUACAGAGGACCCCCCUGGAGUUCUAAGCCAUAUGAGUUCACCUUACAAUACUGGCACAUCCUAGCUGCUCGGCUGGCCUUCAUCAUUGUGUUUGAGCACCUUGUUUUUGGGAUUAAGUCAUUCAUUGCAUACCUGAUUCCAGAUGUACCAAAGGGCCUGCGUGAACGAAUACGACGAGAGAAGUACUUAGUCCAAGAAAUGAUGUAUGAGGCUGAGCUGGAACAUUUACAACAACAGCGGAGGAAAAGUGGUCAGCCUGUUCACCAUGAAUGGCCUUAGUUGAUACCUGUUACCCAGAAGGGGAGGUACCAUUAACAGGCAGGAAAGAUGACAAUGUGAAAUGCAGAUGGAAUGUAGGAGGAAGGCAUAAAUGCCUACCUUUGUGUGCAAUUUUCUACUUGGAAAUAUAUCUUGGCCAUCUCUGGGAUUUAACAUGCUCAGGCUUCUAAGGAAGGGAAAAAUGGCUCAUGAUCUCAAAGUAGGUUUACACUGAAAGUUCAGGAAGUCAGGAUCUGAUUCUCAGAAUAAGCCCUCAGGGAGUUCUGUUUUGAGCCCCACCACCACCUUCUGCCAUUAGCUGCAGCGUAAAAGGAUGGGUGGUGGUGAGGUUUCUAGAGACAGAUUUUCAUAUAAAUGGUCACAAGCUAGUAAACUAAUCUGACUUUGAAGUCUUUGAUUGAUCUGAUUAUAAGAAAUGAUCUUAAUUAGCUGUUGCCUUGAUGCCAGAACUCCAUGUCCCUUUGGUUCACACGUUAGUUGGAAGUGCCCUCAUCUCAAUGAGAUGGUAGAUGUAUGCCAUAUAGAAUUGAUGCUCUUUACUGACUAUGCAGACAAGAGUUGCACAUCACCAUUAGUAGACAAACCGAAACUCUAAGACUCCAAGAAGAGCACUAUUGAAAUAAUAUUUUAUUUCACUGGCUACAUUCAUUUGCUUGAUCACUCACAGAGCCAGUUGCACUGCACAUUUUUUAUUACUAAGUGCUAAUCAAGCCACCAUUUGAAUGGCAUUUUUUAUCACUUAAAACAUGACCUAUGUAUUCUUUGGUGCAAAAACCUAUUUCAUAUUAUAUUUCAUUUCUCCCUUUCUCUGAAUUUUCCUCUCUGAAUAUUACAUCAAAAUGCUGUAAAUAUGUUGAUUUUUCUUAUGUGUCUGCCCUCAACACUAUGUAAUGCAAGUAGUUUAUGCAUCUCUGAGACCAGUUACACAAUAUGCUAUUGUAAUAUCUUCAUUCAGGAAAUCUACAGCCCGAUAUUCUGCAGCACUUAUGCUUUUUCUACAAUGAGCUGUUUAUGAAAAUGAUGCAUGCAUGUAAAUCUGUAUUGUUUACAUAAAAUACUUUUUGAGCUUCACUUUUUCAUCAUGGAAGAGAGAUUUCUGUUAUCCUCUGGUUGAUUGAUGUGGCUUAAUUUUUAAACUGUCUAGAGACGAAGUCAUAAUAUGAAGGUCAUAUUUUGUCUUUACUGUGCAAUCUUUAUUCAGUGUUGGCUCUACCAACAGUCUGGUAGAAUAUGAAGGAUAGGCCAUUCAAGCAAAUAUGGUCCAAGGAGGCAUAGACUGUGGAGCCUGACAACAGAAAAUGUAGGAGUUUAACUGGGAGAGUAUAUGACAGAAAUCAAAAUACUUUUCUUACAAAGCAGAAAAAUAUGAGUUUUCCUGCCAUGUGACAGUGCACACCUAACAUGCAUGAAGUCAUGGGUACAAUUCCUAGCACCUCAAACAUCCAAAUGAAUGAAUUUCUGCAUAGAUCCUUGCCACAGGGACUCUUCCAUUGCAAUUAUAAUAAAUUAUUCUACUAAGUACACAAUGGAGUUAUAAAUCCCUCCAUUUUUUGUGUCACCCAUGUUUCCCUUGCUUUGUUAAUUUAAGGUAUACACAUAUUUGAGUAUGAAUACUUACAAUGUUUACCUAACAUUUGCCCUUUUUUGUAAAUGAUGGCGUCAUUUGACUUAUAGUAAAUCAAGAAUAAUAAUGAUAACUUUUUCCUGGAGAAUUCUUUGCUUUACAAAUUUUUAUAUAUAC